CCCAGGUCUCCACACCUCUCUCAGCAGUUACUCCCUUUAUCUUUUUCUUGGGUCAAAACUUUUGAGGUGGGCUGGCUAGACAGCAGCAGGAGAGAGGGUAAACUAGGGCGCGGGUUGGAGGAGCUUCAGCACCUCGGUCAGCGCCCACUACAGCCCAACCCACCCUCUUGAGCUCGCGCGGACUCCCAGCUCCGAGAAUGCCUGCGGAAUGAUCGCCCCCCAGGGCGGCUGCCGCUGCUGCCGCUACUGCUACCGAAGCUACUGCUACCUCUGCUGCUGCUCUUGCUCCUGCUCCUGCCACCGCCUCUGUCUCUACUCUGCUCUGACUGGCAGGCAGAAAGUGCAACUGACGAGGGAAAGGUCUCCGCAGUGAGAGUGGAGUGGCUACAUAAAAGAGUAAAGAGAGGGCAAAAACCCAGAUCAGAAUGCAGGCGACGUCUAACCUACUCAAUCUCCUGCUGCUGUCUUUGCUUGCUGGAUUAGAUCCUUCCAAGACCCAGAUUAGUCCCAAAGAAGGGUGGCAAGUGUACAGUUCAGCACAAGACCCUGAUGGACGAUGCAUUUGCACAGUGGUGGCUCCAGAACAAAACCUGUGUUCCAGGGAUGCCAAAAGCAGGCAGCUUCGCCAACUUCUGGAAAAGGUUCAGAACAUGUCCCAGUCUAUUGAAGUCUUAAACUUGCGAACUCAGAGAGAUUUCCAAUAUGUUCUAAAAAUGGAAACCCAAAUGAAAGGGCUGAAGGCCAAGUUUCGGCAGAUUGAAGAUGAUCGGAAGACACUAAUGACCAAGCAUUUUCAAGAGUUGAAAGAGAAGAUGGAUGAACUCCUACCCUUGAUCCCAGUGCUAGAACAGUACAAAACAGAUGCCAAGUUAAUCACCCAGUUUAAAGAGGAAAUCCGGAAUCUGUCUGCCGUCCUCACUGGGAUUCAAGAGGAAAUCGGUGCCUAUGACUACGAGGAACUGCACCAGAGGGUACUUAGCCUAGAGACCAGGCUUCGUGACUGCAUGAAAAAGCUGACAUGUGGCAAAUUGAUGAAAAUCACAGGCCCAAUUACAGUCAAGACAUCUGGAACCCGAUUUGGUGCUUGGAUGACAGAUCCUUUAGCAUCUGAAAAAAAUAACCGAGUCUGGUACAUGGACAGUUAUACUAACAAUAAAAUUGUUCGUGAGUACAAAUCAAUUGCAGACUUUGUCAGUGGGGCUGAAUCAAGGACAUACAACCUCCCUUUCAAAUGGGCGGGAACUAACCAUGUUGUCUACAACGGCUCACUCUAUUUUAACAAGUAUCAGAGUAACAUCAUCAUCAAAUACAGCUUUGAUAUGGGGAGAGUGCUUGCCCAACGAAGUCUGGAGUAUGCUGGUUUUCACAAUGUUUACCCCUAUACAUGGGGUGGAUUCUCUGAUAUCGACCUAAUGGCUGAUGAAAUUGGGUUGUGGGCUGUGUAUGCAACUAACCAGAAUGCAGGCAAUAUUGUCAUCAGUCAACUUAACCAAGAUACCCUGGAGGUGAUGAAGAGCUGGAGCACUGGCUAUCCUAAAAGAAGUGCAGGGGAAUCUUUUAUGAUUUGUGGGACACUAUAUGUCACCAACUCCCACUUAACUGGAGCCAAGGUGUAUUACUCGUAUUCCACCAAAACCUCUACAUAUGAGUACACGGACAUUCCUUUUCAUAACCAAUACUUUCACAUAUCCAUGCUUGACUACAAUGCAAGAGAUAGAGCUCUUUAUGCCUGGAACAACGGUCACCAGGUCCUGUUCAAUGUCACACUUUUCCACAUCAUUAAGACUGAGGAUGACACAUAAGCAAAUGUAAUUUGUUUUCAUUUAUCUAAACAGUGUCAUUUGUGAUAAACUCUAUAGAAUCCCUUCUGUUGUUCCUUUAUUAGAACUCCUCAUCAUUUCUCCAAAGCAUUUUUUUAUUAUCAAGUUGGUUUUUCAAAAAUACAGCUGAGCCUGUCUAAAUCAGCCUGUUGGAAACACAUCUUAACUCCUAAAUUUACAGGGCCUAUCAUGUCCUUGUCAUGAAAAGCACUAAAAAGAGUUUAAAUGGCUAAAGUCAUAGUUUUGCAAAAGAUUAAUGAUCUGCCUUAUAUUAGAGUCAGAGACUAAUGAUGGCUUAAAUGCAUGAAUGUUUUUUUUUUUUUAAUCGUCAUUUUUUACUGUCUUUUGCUCUACAUCAGGAAAUAUUUUGGUAGGAAUUAGGGGAAAAAAGCACUUUCCUCCCAUUUCUAAAAAAGAUUUAAGGAUUUUAUUUAUAUGGAAAAAUUAUAGUACUCAUUUUGCUGUUCUAGAAUUCUCUGAUGCGGUGCUGUACAGUCAUUUUUAAAUCUCUUGCUAACAUUUUAUUGGCAAUAUGUAUUUCUACCAUUGCAACCACCAUUGUGCAAUUGUAUCUCUUCACUUCUGUGAAAGUAAGUAAUAUUUUUUAUAAAAUACACUGAAGUUUAAUCUCAGUAAUUAUUAUGGGCCAAUUUUCAAGUGUGGUCAAGAAGGAAACAUCUUCAACUUAACCAUUUAAAACUAUAAACCAGAAGAAAAAAAAAUCAAACUAAAUCCCUUACGUAGAAUAUUUAUAUUACCCCAGGUUUAUCAGACCACUAACACUGAAUGCUAAAACUGAUUCCGUAAGGAUGAGUUACUCUGUUCACUUCACUGAAAGCAACCCUUAUUGUCGCUCGCAAAAAAUGCAACAGAAUCAGAAAAUUUGGAUUUGACUGGAUUUUACUCAUUUAUUAUUCAACUAAACAAAUUUUGUUCUUCCUAAUAUAUAGUGUUGUAACUUAAGUUUUUACACACAACUUGCAACUUGUGUCAGGAAUCUCAAAGUACAUGAAGCAUAUAAAAAAGACUCUUAGAAAGAAACUUCCUGUGAUGUCAUCUAGGUUUACAUUAUGAGCUGUAGAGGGUUACUGGCAAUAUCAGUGUGAAAAAAAAAUAGCAAGACUUGGAAGUUGUCUGUGCGGUUUAAAUGUACAAAAAAACAAUUCAGAAAACAAGAUGAGAAAGCAACCCUUUGUUACCCUGAUUCGCUAUGUGUGCAAAAUAAUGUAACCAAAAAAGAAAGCUUUAGUAAUAUUUUAUGUUAAUAACUCCAAAAACAUAAUCAGUAUUUAUCACACAUUUCACUGAAUUUGGACGUACUUUCCAUAUAUUAAGAAUACUUACCUAAGUCAGUUUUGCAGAAACUAGUGUGGGUUGGUUUCAUAACUUAAAAAGUAUAUUCUAUAACAAAUAAUGUAUAACUUAAAUUGUGGUAAAUGUUUAGUUUCACACGUACAUACUAACAACUUCCUUUUAAAAUAAGGAUAUAAUAAUUCAGAUAAAGCAUUGUGUAAAAAAAAAUGCUAACACUUAAGAGUAAUUCAUUUCAAAUGUCACAAGUAAAACAUACUUCUCAAAUAUCUCACUGUCAAAGUCAUAGGAUUAAAUAACUCACUCUCGAGACUGUGAAAGUUUAGCAAAGAUUUCUUUUCCUUUUUGCCUACAAAAAGUUAGCAUGACUUAGUGACCACUCGGGUCCUUUUGCAAGUUGUCUUCUCUUUCAAAAUGUUUAUAUGAGUUCUCCUCUGUUUUUGAGAGUUAGAAAAUUUAGGGGAUUCACUUGCCAUUGUAUACACAUCACAAAUAUAAUCAGCCAGUACUUUGUAUAUCAAGAGUUUGUAUGAAGAAAGUCAAUUUCAAAAAUGAAUGAAUUUUUAAGGAGAUGGCCUCUGAUGGAUAUCUGGGUCUUCAUUACUUGUUUUUGUUUUUUUUUUUAAAUGAUGUAAUAUAGUAUCACACACAUUUGAAACCUGGAUGAUCACAGCUUUUUUGUGAGAUGUGCAGCUUGUAAAGCACUCUAUUGUUUUCUAUGUAAGGUUUCAUCACCAUAUCCAAUUUACAGUGUAUGUGCUGCUAGGGCAAGCACAGAUUUUAUUAUUGUCAUAGAGUUUAAAAUGUGAUUUGCAUUAAACAUUUACAGUUCAAAAGCAUUUUUCUUAAUAAAUUAUCAGUUUUGUGCCUGAAAUAAGAACUUA